CUCUCGUCCACUUCUUCUCCCUCUCUCUUGUUUUAAGGAUACUUUUUGGAUAUACUGACCGACGCCCAUAUAUGGACAUCACUGUUUCUUGAUUUGACAGAGCUCUGCUGAGUGUGUGUGUGUGUGUUUGAGUGUGUGUGUGUGUGUGUGUGUGUGUGUGUGUGUGUGUGUGUGUGUGUGUGUGAGCCAUGCUGCGUGUGUUUAUCCUGUGUGCAGAGCGUCUGCAUACGCCGGACGAUGACAUCAGUGAUGCCUACUGCAGCGUCAAAUAUGAAGGGUCUAAGAAGAAGACAAAGGUCGUCAAGAACAACCCUAACCCCGUUUGGAACGAGGGUUUUGAAUGGGAUCUGAAGGGGACUCCUCUGGACUCUGGAGCAGAGCUGCACUGUGUCGUCAAAGAUCAUGAGAAGAUGGGGAGAAACAGGUUUCUGGGGGAGACUCACCUGGCUCUAAGAGACGUUCUUAACUCUCCAAACUUUGCCGCCACCUUCACCGUCUCCCUGCUGGACACCAAGAGGAACAACACCGGGGCGACGUUGACCCUGCAGGUUUCGUACCUCCCUCCUCCAGGAGCGGCUCCUUCAUAUCAUCCGCCCCCCCACCCUGAGCAUCUGCCGCACAGCAACCCCGGGGUGGAGAUGGACACCGUCACAAUGAUUUCUCUGGACACUUUGGGGGACGAGGACACGGAGAGCAUGAUAAUGGUGGAUCCUCCGGAGGACCAAGGAGGAGACGACGGGCGCUCCAUGGUCAUCGUGGGUCCUCAGGGGUCGGGCCGCGAGUCGCCCGCCGCUCAGACCCCAAAACGCUCCCCGCCGUCUUAUAACACCCAGGGGGGUCUGAGGAAGAGGAGGAGGGGCAACAGCAGCCACAACAAACCCCUGCCCAACAAACCUCAGGAUCUGCAGGUCCGUGUGCGCGUCAUCGAGGGACGACAGCUGCCGGGCAUCCACAUCAAACCUGUUGUUAAGGUUACGGUUGCCGGGCAGAACAAGAGGACUCGCAUCAGAAAGGGAAACAACCCGGUCUUUGACGAGACGUUCUUCAUGAACUUCUACGAGACUCCUUCAGAUCUGUUUGACGAGCCGAUCUUCAUCACUGUGUGUGACUCUCGCUCUCUCAGAACUGAUGCUGUGAUCGGGGAAUUCAAGUCUCAGACCCGUACGCCAUCGUCUCGUUCCUCCAUCAGUCUCAGAAAACGGUGACGGUGAGAAACACCCUGAACCCCACCUGGGAUCAGACGCUCAUCUUCUACGAGGUGGAGAUAUUCGGAGACCCUGAAGGCACCAUCUCGUCUCCGCCCAACGUGGUGGUGGAGCUCUACGACCAGGACACAUACGGUGCAGAUGAGUUCAUGGGCCGAUGUGUGUGUCCUCCCUCUCUCUCCUCCUCUCCUCGUCUCACCUGGUUUCCGAUCACUCGAGGAGCAAAGAGUGCCGGAGAGCUGCUGGCCGCCUUCCAGCUCAUACGCAGAGAAAAGCCAGCAGUUCAUCAUAUCCCCGGUGUAGAGGGAGACUUCAUGACGUCCAACCACAUUCUAGACGAGUUGAUGUUUCCAGGAUUCCUCUCUGAGCACCUGCAGCAAGCGGAGGACGAGUCGGACCUUCCUCACCCUCCUCAUCAAAGAGAGCCCAACGUCUUCGUGGUUCCUCAGGGAAUCAAACCGGUUCUGCAGAGAACCGCCAUCGAGAUCUUAGCGUGGGGGGUGCGUAACCUGAAGAGCUUCCAGCUGGCCAGCAUCUCCUCUCCCAGCCUGCAGGUGGAGUGCGGAGGCGUCUCCGUGCAGAGCUGCGUCAUCCGGAGCAUGAAGAAGAAACCCAACUUCGACCUGAACACACUCAUCCUGGACGUGAGGCUUCCCUGUGAGGAGCUCUACAUGCCGCCCAUCGUUAUCAAAGUGAUCGAUAACCGUCAGUUUGGGAGGAAGCCGGUGGUCGGGCAGUGCACCAUCCGCUCUCUGGAGGACUAUCGCUGCAGCCUGGAGGAGGAGGAGGAGGAGGAAGAGGAGGAGGAAGAGGAGGGGUGGAGACGCCAAACGCCACAGUUUUCUGGGGAUGUUUUCAUUGACAUCGAUGACCAGGAGCCACUCGUACCUGAACAGGCGGAGGAGUUCAUGGACUGGUGGUGUAAAUUCUACGCUUCGACCGGAGAGAAGAACAAGUACGGGACGUACCUGGAGAAAGGCUUCGACACGCUGAAGGUGUACGACAGGGAGCUGGAGAAGGUGGAGAGCUUUGGGGGUCUGUCAGAUUUCUGUCAGACAUUUAAACUUCAGAGAGGAAAGACUCAGGACGAAGGAGAAGACCCUUCAGUGGUGGGAGAGUUCAAGGGCAUGUUUAAGAUCUACCCGCUGCCAGACGACCCCUCGACCCCUCCGCCCCCCCGACAGUUCAGGAAACUUCCUCCCAACGGCAACGAGGAGUGCGUGGUGCGAGUCUACGUCAUCCAGGCUCAAGGGCUGCAGCCCAAAGACACCAACGGGAAGUGUGACCCCUACGUGAAGAUCACUCUGGGGAAAAAUACCAUCAACGACCACGAGAACUACAUCCCCUGCACGCUGGACCCAGUUUUUGGGAAGAUGUUCGAGAUCUCCUGCUCCCUCCCUCUGGAUAAAGACCUGAAAGUGAUGCUGUACGACCACGACAUGCUGAGCAAAGACGAGAAGAUCGGAGAGACGCUGAUCGACCUGGAGAACCGCUUCCUGUCCAGACACGGAGCCGCAUGUGGUCUGCCGCAGUCCUACAGCCUGUCGGGGGUGAACCAGUGGAGGCACCAGCUGACCCCCCGGCAGCUGCUGCUCAGAGUGUGUGAGCGCAGGAACCUGAAGAGGCCGAUCUACCAGGAGGACGUGGUGGUCUUCAGAGGAAUCAGAUACUCCGCUGCAGACCUGGAGGAGAAGAACGUGUCCAAGCGUCACCUCGGUCCUCUGAAGGAGCGUCUGUCUCUCCACAUCCUGAGGAAGCUGGGACUGGUUCCUGAACACGUGGAGAGCCGAGCGUUAUACAGUCCUCUACAGCCAGAGAUAGAGCAGGGUCGUCUGAUGAUGUGGGUCGAUCUGUUCCCAAAAUCCAUGGGACCCACUGGAGCUCCGUUCAACAUCACACCACGCAAAGCCAAGAAGUUUUUCCUGCGCUGCAUCAUCUGGAACACCAGCGACGUUAUCCUGGAUGAUAUCAGCCUCAGCGGGGAGAAGAUGAGUGACAUCUACGUUAAAAGCUGGAUGGACGGUCACGAACACAACAAACAGAAGACAGACGUCCAUUAUCGCUCUCUGGGAGGAGAGGGAAACUUCAACUUCAGAUUCCUGUUCCCUUUCCACUUCCUGCCGGCAGAGCAGCUGUGUGUGAUCGACAGGAAGGAACAUUUCUGGAGUCUGGAUAAAGCCGAGACUAAAGUGGCUCCGAAACUCACCGUCCAGAUCUGGGACAACGACAAGUUCUCCUUCGACGACUACCUCG